AAAAGUUUUUUUUUUUUUUUUAUUCUUCCAGAAAAAAAGAAAUUCUAACUUUCUUUUUCUUCCUUCUUAUUAUUUUGUUUUUUUUAUUUUUUUUUAAAAUAGACAUCAUCCGAUGGUUCAGUCAGUACAAGAAACACAGGAUGAAUUAGAUAAAGCACUUGAAACAUCGUGCAUGAUUGAUGACACAACAAAGAAGACCAAAAAGAAGAAAAAAAAUAAAAAGAAGAUUGUGCAAGACAUUGAUGACUACUAUCUCAAGACCAUGAUGCCUUACCCAGUGACAUUGAAAGCAACCAAAACCAAAGGACGACAUGCUGUAGCUUCAUGUACCAUCGAUCAAGGGACAACUGUAUGUCUGGAAAAGGCCACAGCGUUUGUUGUUCGAUCUGACUACAUCGAUCAACAAUGUCAUGUCUGUUUAGAUGAUCUUUCCACCAAGAUGAUGUGUUCCGAUUGUAAGAUGGUAUACUAUUGUUCUCAAACAUGUGUGCAAAGUGAUCAUCAUCAUACUCGAGUGUGUGCUUUGUUAUCACAAGUCAUCCCCAUUGGCCAAUCUACCGACGUUGACCCCGAUUUGUUACGAUUGAUGAUUUAUUUAUUGGCAAAACGGCAACAGAAUGAUGAAGAAGAAGAAGAAGAAGAAGAUGGAUCGACUCCUUAUAGAUGUGUCCUUGAUUUAUUAAGUCAUAAAGAAAAUGCCUCACUCGCUUUUAUCAAGGUGGUCACUGACGCAGCUCAACGACUGAUGAUGGAAGAUCCCGAUUUCUUUGCAUCUUUAUCAGUAGAUGACUUAGUGACUCUUGCUUGCAGAAUCAAUUCAAAUGCUCAUGGACUAGGAGAUAAUCAUGCUAGAAAUACCGAUGUUGCUUUAGGCUUAUUCCCAGUGGGUGCUUUAUUCUUCAAUCAUUCUUGUAACCCUAAUGCAGCUUUUGUGGGAUUGGAAAAGGGACAAUUACUCUUUCGAACGAUUCGACCAGUAAAACAGGAUGAGGAAAUUGCUGUCAGUUAUAUUGAUUUAUAUGCAUCUCGUGAUGAACGACGACAGAAUUUGUUGGCGACAAAACAUUUUUGGUGCAAAUGUAAAAGAUGUAGCUCACCCAUGGAUACGUCAGUGGAUCGAUUUUUACAUGGGGUCGUUUGUACACAAUGUACAGAAGAUGUAUAUGUAAUUCCAGCUUCCACCAUUGAAGAUAUCUCUCGAGGACAAACCAAAUUAUACACCACCAAAGAUGAUGAAGUCUGGCCAUGCGCGAAAUGCGGUCAUGUAGCAACAGCAAAAACAGUACGGGAUACAAUUUCACAAGCACAGGACAAGUAUACAAAUGGAAUGAAGUGUAUUCGAAAAGAAAGGAAUUAUCGACGUGCAAGAAAGGAGUUGGAACCCUUGGUCAACACAACACUGGAACCCGGUAAACUUCAUCCUCAAGACGCUAUUCGAUUCAAUGCAUCCAUCCCGUUAAUGAAUUGUUUACGUUACGAAAACGAUAUCAAACGUGCUGCCGAUAUUAACAAAAUCAUCUUGGAUUUUAUGCAAGAACAAGCAAAACAACAUUUGCCUGAAUAUACAUCUGAGGUCGCCGAUUUUUGGCAAAACUUGGGCGAACUUUGUGAUUCUCUGGCCACUCAAUAUCGACAUUCUCUUCCGCCUUUAGAAAAGAAAUGGAACAAGGACGCCCGCAACGCAUUUACCCAGGCAACCAAAGUAAGAUCUAUUGUCUUUGGUCCAAAUCACCCCAAAACCUUAUUAGUUAAAAAAUUUACCACCCAAUCCUCCGCAUGA